CUGCCUUUCCUAUACAUACCCAAUUUCUAUUCAUUCUCAAAUAGGCAAAUAUGUUGAACUAGUUCUCUUUAUUACUUUUUUAUACCAUAUCGAAGGAGAAUUUCAAGCUUGACAAGUACGUCUUUACGGCGUAUGUUGUGAAUUAGCUUCCACUUAUUAAGAGUGCACAAACGAUAAAAGACUUACUAAAUUAGUCAACAAACACUCAUUCCAUUAUUGUUAAGGUGGGGGCAAAAGGCUUAUUUGUCAGGCUUGUGAUUCUCCUUUGAUGGUGUGAAAUGUCCACCGGCGAUUUGUCAGAUCUACUCGCUCCUAAGCCGGAGAAAGGGACGGCGGCCGGGUCUUUGACUCGUCGGCCACUCGCCGAGUUCGAUUGUGGGGAAACCCCUCUCGAUUUGAUCAACAUUUUUCAGACGAUAAGGAAUACUUCAGUUUGUAGUACUCUUCAAUUGAGAUUAAUAGAAUUCGACCUGCCUCACUUCUUCGCCUCUUCAGCCGCCGCCGCUGCCUUGGGUGGCUCCGUGGCGACGCCGCCGUCGAUGCAGCUCCGGCACCUCCUCUCGACCCAUCCCUCCACGUCGUGGUCGCCGUGGGACCCCAGGUGCCGGCCGCCGCAUAGCCGGGCAAUUAUUCCGGCCACGACCCCGAGUAUGGUUAUGACGGCCAGCACCACCACGAGGGUCUCGAUAGAGUGGGGUGUGGAAGAGCGGCCACCGGACUCCGCCUCCAUCACCACCACCGGCGGCGACCCCACUAGCGGCGGCAGCUGGUUGGUUUGA